AUGUCGCUUCUACGGUCGUGUGAGUACUGUCGCUCGCACAAGAUCAGAUGUCUCUGGGACGCAACUUCCACCACAUGCACCCAGUGUCUGAAGAGGGACCAAACCUGCAAGAGGCGUGAGACUGUCCGGCAGCGUCACACCACCAAUCGUGCAUCGAGACCUGACAAAGACAUCGAAGGCUCGCUCUCGACGGGAACUCAGCUGGGUGGACUUGGUCAAACGUCGACUCAGGCUCUUGAAGCAAGGCUUGCACAGCUCGAGGAACGCCUCUCGAGUCUGGAUGGCAAUGCUGCUUUCCAGCCAUUUGCAAAGGAGGUAACUAACAGUACUAGCUCGGUGACUAAGAGCUCUGCACGUCCUGCGACGCAUGAUGACCUAGCAGCGACGAUAUACGAGAGCUCGACGCCCUCUGGUACCGAUCAUGCGGCCACAUUCUCAUUCCUCGCGCAUGGAGACCCGUCAGGCAUCAGACAAUGGUCUAUUGAAGACACAGCAAUGCCGAUAGGUGUACCGUUGAAUCGCAUGAAUGGCUUGAACAACGGUAAAUGCUAUCUCCCACCAGCGGAAGAAGCAUCAUCGUUACUCAAAGAAUACCUCCACGAGUGCAACGCGAAGAUCCCGCUCAUAGCUCCGGAGUACAUCAUACGACACGUACGUGACUGCUACACUGGUAUAGCAGACGGCUCACCUAUAUCAUGGGUCCUCACCUACAUGAUAUUCGGGAUGGCACAUCGCCUUCGUGCCAUGAGCCUGUUUCAAGUCCCUGAUGACACAUCAAGAGCAAAUUGGUAUCUUGACAAGUGUCUCGAGACGCUACCACGAUUAUUGAUGCAGGAGCCGUCGCUCCGACUCGUGCAAGCGCUGCUAGGUGUGGCGAUCUUACUGCAGACUUCUUCUCGAUACAAAAGAGCGACAUUAUUUGUCUCCACAGCCAUGCACAUGGUACAGGAUUUGGGUUACGAUGAUAUUGGGAUGGCCGAUGAACAUGAUUUGGAGCAGAAAGAACAGCAGUAUGUGUUCUGGAUCACCUUUCUUAUGGACACGGACAUGAGCUUCGCCUCUGUACGGCAGUGUAAGCAGUCUCUGACAGAGAUCAGCACUUCACUACCUGACGCUCGCCGUAGCGACUGGUGGGCUCGUGGUGCGCUGGAAGAGCAAAAUGAUGUGAACGUUUUCGCUCUACAUUCUCGGUUUGCCAUCUUGCAGGCUGGCAUUCUCGAACGACUGUUCUCAGUUCAGUCUCGGCAGCUGUCUGAUGUUGUCUUGGACAGUGCGUAUUAUGACGCCUUAGAUCGCUUGGAGCAAUGGCGUCGCUCGAGUUUUGUCUUCAAUCUAAGUGCUUAUAAUCUGCAUCAGGGUCUAUAUCGCUCUGAUAUCGUGCAUCUAGUGGUUCUGGAGACUGCAUACUUCCGCACGGUAUAUCAGCUUCGAGUUGCAUAUCUAAUGGGUUGGUUUCGUAAGCAUAUUGAUUCUUUCUCAGUCAGGGCUAUGGAAGUGAUGGCCAGAUGUGACGUUCCGGAGGGGUUCUGCAAGGACGCGAGGAGAGUACUAGAGCUCAGUGGACUGGUCUCUGGGGCGAACACGUCCAUCACUUGGUAUGAACCUCCAACACUACUGUUUUGGUGCGUUAACUAA